CCUUCACUUUCUUUCUCUUUCUCUCUCUCUAUCUCAAUAGCAUUUACAGCUUCCCCUCCAUUAAAUGCAAUUGCACCCUCUCAAUACGCUCUGCAAUAACUCUUCGCUGCCACAAUUUUCUCCAUCUGUUCCCUUCUUUAUCCUUCCCUUUCUCUCCUCUUCUCUUUAUCUUUCCCCUUCUUUGAUUCUCCAUCUUCUUCUUCCUCUUCAUCUUCUGCUUAACCCCAACAUCUACACCUACUACUUCUUCUUUAUAUCUGUAACUUUCUUGCUUGACCCCAAAACCUUCUUCUUAUACGUUUAAAGCUCAAACCCCAAACCGCCCUCUUUACCUCUUUCACAGCACCCUUUAGCAGUUUACUGGCAACGAGUUCUUUUAGCCGAAAACAGAUCCCAAACUUCUCUUCUUCCUGGGACUUUUUUAGGGUUCUUCUUUAUUGGGUCAAAAUUUUCUUUUGCCAAAAAGUUUUGGGUACAGCAUUUCACUCUCUUUUUCUCAACCUUUUCAACCUAAACUUCCAUUUUUUCUUCUUUCUGUUGGAUCUUACGUUUUUAUUCUCAAAUGAUGCAGGCAAAGCUGAAGAGAGAAAGGGAAGAAGAAUUUGGCUUUUUAGACAGACAGAGAAGGCAUAGUUGGAUUCUCCGUGAUCUUCGUUGGAACGUAUUUAUAAAUAUUGGUUUUUAUCUGUCAAGGACCGUAUCAAAUUUGUCAACCUUUUUAUUUUAUAGAUUCUCGCUUGUUCAUUGGCACGUAAGAAUCAAAUAUUCUUCAAGGAUAAAUAUACUAUAUAUAAACCGAAGGAGAAAGACAGAACUUUUUUAGCUGCCGAAACAAAAGCCAGAAUCAGCUUUGUCUCUACUUAUAUCAAAGAUUCAAAAGCACACUCUUUAAGUAGCGUGAAGAAGUCCAAGAAGCUAUCUGUAUAAGAACAAACUUUGCAUAUAGGGCUUUUAGGAUUCUGAAACAUGCCAGCCGGAGUUAUGAUUCCGGCAAGAAACAUGCCGUCGAUGAUCAGUGGGAACGGAACUGCUAGUGGUUUUGGAACAUCCUCUGGACUUACCCUUGGUCAGAUAAUGUUCCAGCCUAACAAUAUGAUGGAAGGUCAACUCCAACCUCUUGAGAUGACUCAAAAUACUUCUGAAAGUGAAAUUGCUCGAAUGAGAGAUGAGGAAUUCGACAGUACAACCAAAUCCGGUAGCGAAAACCAUGAAGGUGCCUCUGGGGAUGAUCAAGAUCCUCGUCCCAACAAAAAGAAGCGUUACCAUCGCCAUACCCAGCAUCAGAUCCAAGAAAUGGAGGCAUUUUUCAAAGAGUGUCCACAUCCAGAUGACAAACAAAGGAAGGAACUUGGGCGUGAGUUAGGGUUAGAACCAUUGCAAGUGAAAUUCUGGUUCCAAAACAAGCGUACCCAAAUGAAGACCCAGCAUGAGCGCCAGGAGAACACACAGCUCCGAACAGAGAACGAAAAGCUAAGGGCUGAUAACAUGAGGUACAGGGAAGCUCUGAGCACUGCUUCCUGCCCAAAUUGUGGAGGUCCAACUGCUAUAGGACAAAUGUCCUUUGAUGAACACCAUCUCAGGCUUGAAAAUGCUCGACUAAGAGAAGAGAUUGAUCGUAUAUCAGCAAUAGCUGCAAAGUAUGUUGGCAAGCCAUUGGUGAACUAUCCUCUUCUUUCUUCUCCUAUGGCUCCUAGACCACUUGAUUUCGGUGCACAACCUGGCACUGGAGAUAUGUAUGGCGCUGGGGAUCUUCUUAGGUCGAUCAGUGCACCCUCUGAGGCUGAUAAGCCAAUGAUUAUUGAGCUUGCGGUUGCAGCUAUGGAGGAACUAGUUAGAAUGGCUCAGAUUUGUGAACCCUUAUGGAUGACCAGUCUUGAUGGCACAACCUCAAUGCUGAAUGAAGAAGAGUACAUUAGGACUUUUCCUAGAGGAAUUGGGCCAAAACCGACUGGCUUCAAAUGCGAAGCUUCAAGAGAAACUGCUGUUGUUAUCAUGAACCACAUUAGCAUUGUCGAGAUUCUCAUGGAUGUGCACCAGUGGUUAACUGUGUUUUCGGGAAUAGUUUCUAAGGCUUCGACUUUAGAUGUCCUGUCAACAGGGGUAGCGGGGAAUUAUAAUGGAGCCCUCCAAGUGAUGACAGCUGAAUUUCAAGUUCCUUCGCCUCUUGUUCCCACUCGUGAGAGUUAUUAUGUAAGAUAUUGCAAACAGCAUGCAGAGGGAACUUGGGCUGUGGUUGAUGUUUCAUUGGAUGACUUACGCCCUUGUCCAACAGUGAGAUGCCGAAGAAGGCCAUCCGGAUGCAUAAUUCAAGAAAUGCCCAAUGGGUACUCAAAGGUUACAUGGAUUGAGCAUGUAGAAGUGGAUGAUAGAGGUGUUCACAAUCUGUACAAGCAGCUGGUAAGCUCCGGCCAUGCUUUCGGAGCAAGACGUUGGGUUGCUACUUUAGAUCGACAGUGUGAGAGGCUUGCAAGUGUCAUGGCUACUAACAUUCCCACCGGUGAUAUUGGGGUCAUAACAAAUCAAGAUGGGAGAAAGAGUAUGCUGAAGCUAGCUGAGCGAAUGGCUAUAAGUUUCUGCGCUGGAGUGAGUGCCUCUACUGCUCACACAUGGACGACAUUAUCUGGAACUGGGGCUGAUGAUGUAAGGGUCAUGACUAGAAAGAGUGUAGAUGAUCCUGGUAGACCUCCUGGAAUUGUGCUAAGUGCUGCAACUUCCUUCUGGCUUCCUGUUUCACCAAAGAGGGUAUUUGAUUUCCUCAGAGAUGAGAAUUCUCGAAAUGAGUGGGAUAUUCUUUCUAAUGGUGGAGUUGUCCAAGAAAUGGCACACAUUGCGAAUGGCCGGGAUACAGGCAAUUGUGUUUCACUACUUCGAGUAAAUAGUGCAAAUUCAAGCCAGAGCAACAUGUUGAUUUUACAAGAGAGUUGCCUUGAUCCAACAGCCUCUUUUGUAAUCUAUGCUCCUGUUGAUAUUGUUGCAAUGAAUGUAGUCCUAAAUGGAGGGGACCCGGACUAUGUUGCCCUUCUUCCCUCAGGUUUUGCUAUUCUGCCCGAUGGAACUACAUCAAGUACUGGUGGCAUUGCUGAUGCCGGGUCUGGUGGAUCUCUUCUGACUGUUGCAUUUCAGAUUUUGGUUGACUCUGUUCCUACCGCAAAACUUUCUCUUGGAUCGGUUGCAACAGUUAACAAUUUGAUCGCGUGCACUGUUGAAAGGAUAAAGGCUUCUCUGUCAUGCGAGAAUGCAUGAACUGCCACAGCUUUAAAUUGCUGCUAGCUAGUGAUUAACAGAAGGAAAAAAGGGAAGGUAAUUAAAUUUAAGAACAAUGGUGUUUGAGGAAUUUUGGAAUUACAGAAGAUGGGGAGUAGUCAAGAGCGCACCUUACAUGAUCCUCUUUGAUAUGUUGACCUUUGUUUGGGAGCAAAGAAAAUGAAGUUGCCUAAGCAAAUUCAUUCAAGAGUUAGAGGUUCGGGAAUUGACUUCCCCAAGAAAAAAAAUUACCAAAGUGAAUGGAAAGAACUUUAUAUAGACCUUUAUUAUAAAUGGGGGUUAAACUUUUAUGUUUAGUGUUUUAGAGUUUUGUACAAGUAAUGGGAUUUUAGUUCCCUUUUUUCCUUCUUCCCUUUGUUUGCUUGUGUUUCUCUAAUGAUUGAAAAGCUCUCACACCUAUGUUGCAAACUGACCUUUUUAAUUAUUAUUUCUUCAUUUUAGCCAUUUUAAGAGCUUUUUGAAAUGGAUAUUGCUUUCUUAUGCCUUUUAGAUGGUCUGUUGUUCAUUAAUUCAGACAAACUUCAUGAUGUCCUCAGCCACAUCAAACUUUCAUCAAGUAUAUACUGUCUUGAAUAAAAAGAAUCAAGUGUUAUU